UUAGUACGCUACUGAAACUCAUCGGAUGCGCGCGCGGAUUAAUCUCGGUUGAUUAGUUGCACUUUAUUCUCAAGUUCUUCCGCUUUGUCUGCACUUAAUCUGAUGUUAUUACUCGAGGGUGCUGAGGAAGUGUCUAAUGUUUGUUUUAUGAUGUAUCAUAGUGCAUUGGAAUUAUGCAGUUUGUGUCGGGUAACAGAAAAGGAUCGGGAUGCGGAGCAAUCCGACUUGCGGCAUAUGUCACAAUCGCCCUCGAUGGGGGGCCGUCACCUGAGCAAGUCCGCUUCCGAGCUAAGUAGCCCCCGCGAGAUGCCCGAAGUUCGUCCCAGGUCCGCAGCUCCUCCGGGUUCCUCACAUAUCACUGUCUACCAGAAGGCGCACACGUUUUUCGCACAGCUGAAGAAUCGUUGGGGCCAUAGUAAGCGCGAGCGUCGCCACAAGUCCCCUGGCCGGCAGGACUCGACGACUGACUACGCCGCCGACCUCAGCAGCGAUCACAGCACGCCGAGCACGCAGAGCCCCCGGCAUCGGUUGCACACGCACCAAGACUCGCCGCUAAGUCGCGCGUGUGCGUCCAACGACACGCCGCACAGUUCACCUGGUGGUUCGCCCCGGCCUAGAGCCCCUACACCUGGCGCCGUGGCUGGCCUGGAUUUAAUUCCGUUAACGACUGGUGAUGAAAUUGCACGACGCAGGGAAACGGCGUUGCGGCAACAUUCCUUUUUUCAGCUGCGCGUUUAUCUUAAACGCGGAAAUGGAUUGGCGGCGAUGGAUAAGAAUGGUACCAGCGAUCCUUACGUGAAAUUUAAAUGCGGUGGUCGCUUGAUAUACAAGUCGCGUACGGUGUACAGAGAGUUGAAUCCGGUAUGGGAUGAAAGUUUUACAGUGCCCAUCGAAGACCCGUUCGUACCAGUCAUCAUCAAAGUGUUUGAUUACGAUUGGGGCUUGCAGGAUGAUUUUAUGGGCGCGACCCAAUUGGAUUUACAAUCAUUGGAGUUGUCUAAAUCUGCCGACAUUCAUUUGCCGCUCUUGGAUCCUGCGAAGCCUGGCGCCGAUCUGGGCGAGAUUCUAUUGAACGUGACGUUGCAACCAAAGUCACAAGAGGAUAAGGAACAGUACUUUCAACGAAAUAAAGUUACUGACGUCAAUAAACGACUCAAGUCUCAAAUAUGGAGUUCAGUUGUCACGAUUGUUUUGGUGGAAGGCAAGAAUCUCCUCGCUUGUGAUCUCGAAACGGGAACCUCCGAUCCCUAUGCGAAGUUUCGCCUGGGGAAUGAAAAAUACAAAAGUCGUAUAAUUUGGCGCUCGUUGAAUCCCAAAUGGCUCGAGCAAUUCGAUCUACAUUUAUAUGACGAUGGCGACCAACAGCUUGAAAUUACUGUCUGGGAUAAAGACAGGUCAAGAGAUGACUUCAUUGGAAGAUGCCUUAUCGAUCUAUCUCAGCUAGAGCGUGAGACCACGCACAGUCUGUGGCAGGAACUCGAAGAUGGUGCAGGCACGCUACAUCUUCUACUGACGAUCAGCGGCACGACCGCCUCCGAAACUAUUUCAGAUCUCUCUACGCAUGAGGCGAACCCGCGGGAACGCGAAAUAUUAGAGCAACGAUACGCGUGGCAAAGAACAUUCCACAAUACGAAGGACGUAGGCCAUUUGACCGUGAAAGUAUUCCGCGCACAAGGUCUUGCCGCCGCCGAUUUGGGUGGCAAAAGUGAUCCGUUUUGUGUGUUGGAACUGGGUAAUGCCCGACUGCAGACACAAACUGAGUACAAAACAUUAUCGCCGUCGUGGCAAAAGAUUUUCACGUUUAAUGUGAAAGACAUCAAUAAUGUGUUGGAGCUUACCGUAUACGAUGAAGAUCGCGAUCACAAGGUGGAGUUCCUGGGCAAAAUCGCGAUACCGCUGCUGCGGAUGAAAAACGGCGAAAAGCGCUGGUACGCGUUAAAAGAUAAGAAAUUGCGCAGUCGCGCCAAGGGAAACUCGCCGCAGAUUUUGCUCGAAUUGAACGUUAUCUGGAAUCCGAUUAGGGCAUGCAUACGCACACUCAAUCCUCGCGAAGAGAAGUAUAUGCAGACAGAGAUUAAAUUCAAACGACAAGUUUGUCAAAACGUUCUCCGAAUGAAAUCGCUUAUAAUGUAUUUCUACGAAUUUGGCAAAAUUCUGCAGAAUUGUUUCGAAUGGGAGUCCACGGUGCAAUCAUUCAUUGCACUCUUGUUUUGGCUGGUGGUGUGCUACUAUUUUGAGUCAUGGAUGGUGCCUAUGUUGGGUCUGCUGGUGUUCCUUAAGCAGUUUAUCGUACGUAAACUAGCGGGGCCGCAGGCGGUGCCAUGGGACGAGAUUGCCGAUUCAGAUGUUGAGGACGAAGACGACGAAGACAAGGAGAAGGAAGAAAAGAAGAGUCUUAAGGAGCGAUUGCAGACGAUACAAGAAGUUACCCAAGGCGUUCAGAAUGCAAUCGGAAAAAUUGCAACAUUCGGUGAGAGCGUUGUAAACACUUUUAAUUUCACGGUUCCAUAUUUAUCAUGGAUCGCAGUGGUCUUGUUGGUCGGCGCGCUGCUGGUGCUGUAUUUCAUUCCCGUUCGGUAUUUGUUAAUGCUGUGGGGAACGAACAAGUUCUUUAGGAGAAUCUUGAGACCACACGCCGUUCCAAACAAUGAAGUGUUGGACUUGAUAUCGCGUGUUCCAGACAACGAAAUGCUGCUGGACUACAGGGACCUGAAAAUCCUCGCCAAUCCUGAGAGCGGAGAGAAACGGCGGGAUCCUAGGAAAAAGCAGAAAGCUUCCUAGUGGAGGUUGAAGCUGUUGAGCGGCGUACGCACGAAGUUGCGUGUACGAUGGGAAAGAGAAUGCACUUUAAAGUCUGAUUAAACAUACACAUAUACACAUAAAUAAACAAAAAGACGAACAACACAUCUACCAAUAACAUUUUUAAACAAUUCCACUACACUUUUUAACUCUAUGUGUAUUAUACUAAUGGGUAAGAACAUACAUACCUUUACUAUUAGUUAUAUUCAAGGUAGUUAUACAAAUUUGUAAGGAAUUACGCAAGGUCUGCUUAGCAGCGAAUGUUUAAUCGCCAAUCUUUCGAAACGUAGUGAAAGACCGAGUGCCCGUUGUUGAAUCAAUUAAAUACUAAGCGCGGAAAACGAAAUCAAUCUCACCGAAGCGACACACAUCAAUUUAGUCUUGAAUUCGCCAUUUAUCAACAUUUUUAUAUUUUUCUACCCGUUUUAUAAUGGUUAGUUAGUUUUCGCAGUUAUUUAAGACAGUUAAACAAUAAUUACUUAUUUACUCUGAUGCAUGUAACACACGCUAACUUGAAUUUCGUUCUCUUAUCGACACACUAAAUCUAUUUUUCAAAGUUCUUCCACCAAGUUCUCCGCUACCAUACGGAUAAUACAUUUAUUGUUGAAAACUUUGCGGCAAACACGUCCAUGAUCAUUGUGAUUUAAUGUACAGAUUUUAGUUACAAAGAAUAUUGUGUGUACAUACAGCAGUAUUAUUAAAUGUUAUUUCUACGUGCGGUUUGUACGGUUUCUUUCCAAACAUGUGAUAAGCUUUGUUAACAUAAAUAACUAUCUUCGUAGGCAAUUGCUAAAUUAGCGCAUGAUAAAUGUAUUAUAACAAUGUGCGCAAGCACUUACUUAUUUAUUUAUUGGGCGCGCUACAGAUAUGCUUAACUUGUCAAGUGUUAUUUUAUCUAAUUCUAGUUCUAUUGUCAUUGGUCACACCUACAAUUAAAGUUGCACAAUGAAAUCGAUUUGAUUAAUGUCAACUUUGAUAUAAUUACAAUUAUUCGUUAUCA